GAUUCUUGGCACUCUUGUCGGGAGGGGUGAAAAUCAUUGCUGGCGAUGAUUGGAAAUAGCUGUUGCAAUGCUGCAACGGGGGCCGUAUCCAGACAGAGGGUAAACAGUAUAAAGGGAAUUUCAUUGCAGUGAAGGGAUAACUCGAAUUUUGUCUGCAUUCAUGUCGGUCAAUCACUGCAGUAAAUGUAGAUGUAAUCCCAUGGCGCGUCUGUGUAGGAUAUGAAGAGAGCGGAAUAAAAAAGUGGGCGUGUCCCAGGGUUUUUUUCUGAUCUAUUUUUGGGAAGUGGAGAUUGUUUGUGGUAGUCCUGUCCGUCUGUGGCUGCGCUCUGGUUUCGGGAUUCGGUUUUUUUCGGUGGGGUCACCGACCGACGACGCCGUGACUCCGGUUCGCAGAUUCCGGCGUUGGUUUGGGGAGAAUGGCGAAGCGUGGUUACAAAUUGCAGGAAUUUGUCGCACAUGCGGGGAAUGUAAACUGUUUGAGCUUCGGGAAAAAGAAUUGUCGAGUUUUCAUUACAGGUGGCGAUGAUCAGAAAGUGAAUCUUUGGUCUAUUGGAAAGCCAACAUCUGUCGCGAGCCUGUGUGGCCACACGAGUCCAGUUGAGUCUGCGGCUUUUGAUUCCGCGGAGGUUUUGGUCGUAGCUGGAUCUUCCUCUGGAGCCAUAAAGUUAUGGGAUUUGGAAGAGACAAAAAUGGUUCGCACUCUUACGGGACACAGAUCGUAUUGCACUGCUGUUGAAUUCCAUCCAUUUGGUGAGUUUUUUGCAUCGGGUUCCAUGGAUACUAAUUUGAAGAUAUGGGAUAUCAGAAAGAAAGGGUGCAUCCAUACGUAUAAGGGUCAUACUCGAGGGAUAAGUACUAUAAGAUUCACUCCUGAUGGCCGUUGGGUAGUCUCUGGUGGUUUCGAUAAUGUUGUGAAGGUUUGGGACCUGACAGCUGGGAAACUUUUGCACGAUUUUAAAUUCCAUGAAGGACAUAUUCGAUCAAUAGAAUUCCAUCCUCUCGAGUUUUUAUUAGCGACAGGUUCAGCAGAUAAAACAGUCAAAUUUUGGGAUCUGGAGACAUUCGAGAUGAUUGGAUCUGCCAGACGAGAGGCUACCGGUGUAAGAUCAAUUGCAUUUCACCCGGAUGGAAGAACACUCUUUUGUGGACUAGACGACAGCCUAAAGGUUUACUCAUGGGAACCUGUAAUUUGCCAUGAUUCUGUUGAUAUGGGCUGGUCUUCGCUCGGAGAUCUUUGCAUACAUGACGGGAAACUUUUAGGCGGUGCAUAUUAUGAAAAUUCAGUUGCAGUUUGGGUGGCCGAUGUUUCGCUUAUCGAGCCAUACGGUACAAGAUCAGCAACCGACGAACAUAACCCCGCCGAGCAGAAAGGCGAUAAUGAGGAAAGUCCUCUGGAGAGCGACGAAAGCUGCGUAAAGUCAAAGUCAAACGACCAGUCCGAUGCCCAAGAUAGUGAGUCCAAGGAAAUUAAAACUAUAUACGUUGACCUUGCAGGCGUAAAUUCUGUUUCUCCAAAGACUGUCGACCCUGUCGAUACUCCUAAGGUUGUACGUUCCUCCGAUUCCAAGGAUGUCACUAGCGCCGCAAUUCAGAAGCGUGGCGCUGUUACAAAUCAGCCUGUGAAAGCAAAUGCAACCGUAAAGAACAGAUCUCUCGUUAUUCCCAACAUUGUGCCGCGCGACAGUCCCGAUGGAAAAGACUCCGUCGGGUCUCGACGGGAAUCCGUGGCCCCAGCUAAAGCCAGCAGUGGAAUGUCUGCCAGGCUGUCUCAUGGCCGAAGGCCCCGCUUCGGGAUGGAUAGGAUGUCGGUUUCUCUCGACUCUUUGCCUUCUGAAAAUUCGAAACCUUAUUCAGGUGUUAAGAAAGAUUUAGACAUCCAUAAUAGAGUGGUUGCCAAUGAAAAUGCUAAGGAAUCAUCCGAGGGGAAACCGUCGAACAGACCUGUUGUGCAGAAGCAAUCGAAUAUAGAAGACGUCGCAGAAACUUUAGAUACAUCAUCAUCAGAAACAGCAUCUGGCGAUCAGGCUGCAGAUUCCAAUGAGGUGGCGAAUCCCGUGAAAGUUGUUAAUGGAGUUUCUGUUGUGCAUGGAAGGACUCGCAGUUUGGUCGAAAGAUUCGAAAAGAAGGAAAAGCUUUAUACUACUGUGACUCCCGAGUCUCCGGAACCUCCUUCGAUUCAAAAGACCGAGAAAGAAUCUGGUGCAACCGCCGAACCUCUGGAAACUCCUCGAAUUCCGAGGCCCAACAUAAGAUCCGAACUACGGGAAAAUCUCCGAAUUCAAAAGCCUGAUAGAAGAUCUCGUGUGAGCGCCGAAUCUCCAGAGACUCCAUCGACUCCAAAGACCGGUAAUGGAUCUGCUUUUGAAACUCCGCUGUCUCAGAAUCGUGACGUAGCAAGGGAAGAGUCGGCGCUGAAUGAUGAUAACGUCAUCGAGAAUCUAAUGCAAAAUCAUGAUGUGCUAUUGAGCACGUUUAGGUCCCGGUUGACAAAGUUACAGGUCGUACGGCAUUUUUGGGAGAGGAAUGAUCUUAAGGGCGCUGUAAAUGCCGUGAAGAAACUGCCUGACCAUUCGGUACAGACUGACGUAGUUGGCAUUCUCAUCGAAAGGUUGGAUAAGAUUACAUUGGACCUAUUUUCUUGCAUACUUCCGGUGCUUUUACGAUUGUUGGAAAGCAAAGUCGAACGGCACGUUACCGUUUCUUUGGAGAUGCUUCUGAAGUUGGUCGCAGUGUUCGGCGCAACGGUUUAUUCGACGGUUUCAGCACCUCCGGGAGUCGGUGUCGAUCUUCAUGCAGAAGAGAGGCGCGAAUGCUGCAAGCAGUGCUACGCGAACCUUCAGGACAUAUGCGAAAAACUCCCCGAACUUGUCGAGAAGGGAGGUUCUAUAGCGAGAUUCGCGCAACAAUUAAACCUUGUACUCCAACAAGCUUAGCGACGGGCUGGCGAUUGGAAUUCGGCAUUCGGUAUUCGAUCCAUCGUCUUCUCCUAAUUAGAUUUACAUCAGGCAUACUGAAAUUUUGUCAUGCUGGAUGUUUUUAAGGUUGUCUGUGUUGUUGGAUAUAGAGAUAUAUCUAUAUAUAGAUACAUAUAAUGCAGCCAUUGUUGUCCAUUUUGAGCAGCAGGUUUCCCUGUAAAUUAUCUGCCGUUGUAUGUAUGUCUCUGUCUUUACUCUGAAAAAAUUUGGCAGCUAAAUUAUAUCUUAAAUUCAGAUUCUAUUGAUUGAUGUA